CUCGUUUCCUGACAUUUAAAUCACUAGCUAGCAGUUUUCGACUCCGUUUCCCGACACUGGUCUCCAUUUCCCCUCUCAGCGUCUUCUCACCAAACCGCAGCUCAGACUCUCUAGAAAGGGAAUCCACCCCCUUGGUGCCUAGACUCUGGGGUCUCCACUCCUUGGUGUAACAGUUAAUCUUCUCCCAGUGCCUGCCCGCCCCAUCCUCCUAGCAUCCGGUGCUGUUCUAGGAGGAGCCUAAACGUCCGCCCUGCUGAAGGGGAUUGUGGUGCGUAAACAGGAUUAACUCUCUAGCCCCCAGCUGUGCUGAUUUGCGGGGCAGCCUGCCAGUCCAGUCCCAGCGAGCCCUCGCGUGCGUGCAGGGCCCAGCGCGUGGAGCGGGGGAUGGGGCAGCCAGCUGCCUCCCUGCUGUUUCUGGGGCUGGCUCUGUGGCUGAGUGCGGUGGAGGGCCACAGCCUCACCAACAGCUGCUCAAAAUCUGGGGUGGACGGAGGUGACCGCUCCUAGCUGUGGCCUGCAUCCAUCAGCUCCUUCUUCCUCCCUGCGUGUCCCCUCCGCCCAUCGCACGGCAACAGCUCCCUCCAGCCCGCACUAUCCAUCACCACGGCCACGACUGCCAGCCCCUCUGUCAGCUAUGGGGGACCUACCCGGGCUCGUGCGCCUUUCCAUCGCGCUGCGCAUCCAGCCCAAUGACGGCCCUGUUUUCUUCAAGGUAGACGGCCAGCGCUUCGGCCAGAACCGCACAAUCAAGCUGCUCACCGGCUCCUCCUACAAGGUGGAGGUGAAGAUUAAACCCACAACACUGCAGGUCGAGAACAUUUCCAUUGGUGGCGUGCUUGUCCCACUGGAGCUGAAGUGUAAAGAGCCUGAGGGUGACAGAGUUGUCUACACGGGCAUAUACGAUACAGAAGGCGUAGCUCCUACCAAAAGUGGAGAGCGGCAACCUAUCCAGAUCACCAUGCCGUUCACAGACAUUGGGACCUUCGAGACAGUGUGGCAAGUCAAGUUCUACAAUUACCACAAGCGAGACCACUGCCAGUGGGGAAGCCCGUUCUCUGUCAUUGAGUAUGAAUGCAAGCCCAAUGAGACACGCAGCCUCAUGUGGGUGAACAAGGAGUCUUUCCUCUGAAUACAGCUCCUUACGAUGUGGCUAGACAAUCUCCAGAAAUCUACGUUUAGACAAACCAGCACAAGCCUUAACCAAGGCACACCACACCAUGGUUGUUUCCCAAUGACGUCCUAGCCCCAGUUACUUUGAAAGUGUGAUUCCUCUCUGAUAUAGUGACAUAAAUGAUGAUGUCACAUCCCUUCCACUCUUCGAUGCUGGUGUUCCUGCAUCCAGCCGCGUUCCAUCAUACUGCCCUGCCGGUGUGACUGGAGCUCAGAGGAACUAGAAGCUUUGUCCUACCCAUGAAGCUUCCACAGAAGGACCAUGGUGUUUUGUUUCCAAGACAACCAAUUCCUCCCUUUUGUGUUCAUUGUCAAAUAAAGUAACAAUGUGCUCGAGUCCCCCAUGUGUGUGAUAUUGUAACAUGUAGCAUGCAGUGUUUGUGAGCCUCCAAAGCAGACUUUGUGAAAAUGUAACACAGUCAGCAGCAAAUGGGACUCGAAUGCCAUGCGAAUGCCAUGCGAAUGCCAUGCGAAUGCCAUGCGAAUGCCAUGCUUCCUCUCAACCCCUCCGCUUCCUCAGAGGAAGAAAAUGACAGAAUAAAUUGAUGAAUCUAUAAAGAAACAUUUAUAAUGUAUUAGUAGUCUUUCCAAUAGCAAGGCAUUAUGCUGCGGCCUAGCUGAAAUCAGGAAAAGACAUUAUUGUGGCAUUGGAAGUUUGGGUAAGCCUUUGGGCAAGUUACCACAGACCAAGCACACAUAGAGAUGCCACCCUCCGUACCAUUUCAUUGAGAUCUGUACAGCCGUGCAUGGAAUGGUAAUCAACUUUUGCUAUUUCCUAAUAAAGACAUUGAAAAUCACGGCCCAGCUUGA